UUAUCAAAAAGAUUUUGAUCGUAAGUAAUGAAUUCAAUAAAUUUUUUUGUUAAUAUUAAUCGUAUAGGGAAAAUAAUUAGUUUUUUAUUUCAAAACAUUGAAAUACGUAGGUAAUUUGACUUUUUAAAUAUCUGUUAGAAAUGUGUAUAACUAUUCUAAAUUUUGAAAUCUUCUCAUCAUAUUCUAUUUCAUAAGUCCUAAACGGAAAUUUGAUCUAAUGAGGAAAGCUCACUAAACUGACCAAUGGUGAUUGAAUUGAUUUUUUUUUUUCGAUAAGUAAGACUCUGUAAAAUCUGAAAAGACAAGAAUCUUUGAAACUUUUCCCCGAAGUUAUAGCUUCUUUGAUGUGUUUUAACAUUAAAAUUCAUUAGAGUUUUUUGAUAUAAUUAAAUGAAUUAAUUGAUUUGUUUUAUUUUGAGGUGCAAAAUAUUAUAUUCAAUAUGCUAAAGAACAAUUUUUAUUACGUUGGUCAACAUUAAGUCGUUUAAGUGAAUAUGGUCGUAAAACAACAAUUCAAUUAAUUCAACCUUAUUAUGAACUUGAUCAAUUUCUUGUAUUUAUUGAACAAAAUUUACCAUUAUUAAAAUCUCUUGAAAAUCGUUAUUUAACAAAUAAUAAAAAUGAUACAACAACACGAGAUUUAUUUCUUGAACGUGUACAUUAUGAUUUAUUAUCACAAUGGCAAUUACCAGAUGUUAUACGUAGUUCAAUACAAACAUGGGAUGAUAUUGUUACAAAUCGAUCAUUAUUUUUAGAUGUAUGUAUAAAGAAUUUGAUAUUUUUCUAG